UGAAUGGCCCACUCAGACUACUGUUCAAUAUUAAGUUAUUAAAAUUUAAUCACGUGGGAAACCAGUCCAACCUGAACCCAGCCAUGUCAACUGUUUUCAACGACAUUUCAUCAGACAGUGCUGGUGACAUGCAGAGAUGAAAAUCAUACUUUUAGGAAGUGAGGAAGGAGGUAAGACUUCUUCAGGGAACACCAUCUUAAGGAGAGAGGCUUUUGAGCUGAAGAAAACUGCUGAGUGUAUAAAGAAAGAUGGAGUGGUAGCUGGGCGUAAGAUCACUGUUAUUGACACACCAGGACGGAAGAAAGACUAUCUAGCAUUAUCUACCCCAAAGCUGUACAAAGAAGAAGUGGUUCGUAGUGUAGCUCUUGCUCUCCCAGGACCUCAUGUUCUACUUCUUGUUAUUAAUAUUAGUUGUUCAUUUAUUGCUGAAUGCAAACAAGCCGUGGAGGAACACCUACAGCUCUUUGGGGAGAAUGUCUGGAACCACAUAAUAGUGCUGUUCACCCAUGGAGAUGAGCUAGAAGAAGAUAUCACCAUCCAACAGCACAUUCAAGAUGAGGGAGAACCUUUGCAGCAGAUCCUUCAAAAAUGUGGUAACAGGUAUCAUGUCUUCAACAAUAUGGAGAGGGAUGACCACAGUCAGGUCAAUGAGCUGCUGGAGAAAAUACAGGAGAUGGUAGCAGGAAACAGAGAAGACCAUUUUGAGAUGGACAAAAAAGUUUUACAACGAUUGAUUGUGAAAAAGAAGAAACAAGAUAAGAAAGCCAAAGACAGAAGGAUGUUGAUGCUCAGACCAAAAGAAAAUCUUAGAUCAACAACAGAUCUGAGAUUUGUUCUCAUUGGACAUCAGUGUAGUGGAAAAAGCUCAGUAGGAAACACCAUUUUGAAAGCAAACAAGUUUGACUUCAGGACUCUUCCUAUGUCUAUCCUCAAGAAAUCAACAGUAGCUGAAAGGCAGGUCACAGUCGUUGACACACCGGGCUGGCAAAAGGAUGGUCUUUUGACAGACACGCCAAAAACGUCUAAAUAUGAGAUUGUGCGCAGUGUGUCUCUGUGUGCUCCAGGACCACAUGCUUUCCUCCUGGUGAUACCUGUGGACACCACAUUCACAGACAGCGAUGAGAAAUCAAUCAUUGACCAUCUAGAGCUUUUUGGAGACCAGGUCUGGAGUCAUGUGAUAGUGGUGUUCAGCCAUGCAGACUGGAUGGGAGACACAGCCAUUGAGCUGUACAUAGAGAGUGAAGGGGAGGGUCUACAGAGACUUGUGGAGAAAUGUGGGAACAGGUACCACGCUCUCAACAACAUGACUACAGGUGAUGAAAGUCAGGUCAGAGAACUACUGGAGAAGAUUGAACACAUUGUCACAGUAAAUAGUGGCAGUCAUUUUGAGAUGGAUGCCAAUAUUGUAGACAAAUUGAAACGGGAAAGUUUGCAAGAAGAGGUGGAGUGCGAAGGAAAGAACCAAAGAAGUGGAACACAUCUGACAGAGAUCUCUGAGAGUUCAGGAUACCAAAGCUCUCUUCCUUUCUCUCCUCCUUUUUCAAUAAAAAGCUCAACUUCCAUGGACUACCCACUAACAUUCAGAAUAUGGGAGUAGGGGACAAGGUGGAAAUCAUGGCCUCAGAAAGUAAAAAUCCUGCCAUGUAUUACUCCAGCCUGUCUACUUAACACAGAUGAUGUCACCUGCAAGAUCAGCAAGUAUAGAGAAUGAUUGGAACAUGUAGCACUUCAACUUGCUGAAGCUGGGAUGUCCGCUUUUCUUAGCAUCAAUCCAACCAUGGAUAAACAUAAAGAUUUGAAAACUGUCCCUCAGUGCUAUUGUGGUACUAUUUCUUGAGAAUGUUUUAAUAUUCUAAUCUCUAGUGAUCUAAAUACGUUUUUGAAAUGUGCAUUUAUUACAGUAUGUAAAAAUGGUAGACAAAAAAGACAAUCAUUUAUAUUAUUUAUAAGACAAUAUUUUAUUGUGUUAUUAAAUUAUAAGUUUAUAAUUUUGAGAGUUGAAUAGUCCAACAACCAUUAGUAGUUUAACAAAACUGACAACUGCUCUGACAACUGGAGACAAACAACCUAGCCUGUCCCCCUGCCUGUCCCCCCGACAAAAAACAAAACUCUGCACGGAGUUUCUCUGAGAAUACUGAAGAAAGGGGUGAGCUACCUGUAUCAUUUGAUCUCAUGCACAUUAUUCUGAGCAAAAACGUCUGCUAAUAAAAUAGAGCUUCCUGUGUAAUUGCUGACUGCACCUUAUUAAACUUAAAGUUCCAUUUAGGCAGUUGGAGGAGGACUUCCUGGAGAGCAGUUUCACCUUCAUCCCCUGCUAUGGAUGUUCCACACUGUGUGGUAAUAUAGUUUUACAAACAGACUUUGUUAUGGUUUUGUAACUAUUACUUUAGUUCAAAGCCAUAGAGGUUGCCAAGACUGUUAUGUUAGACCUACUUUUAAAGAGGUCAAUCUCUCACAAUCACCAAGUUCACAUGCAUUUUAAUAGAUAAUAAUCAAUGAAUGCAUCAUUAUAUGAAAAUGUAAUUUUGCUGAUGAUGAAUUAUUGUAUUAUGAUGAUGCAUUAUUAUAUGUGUUAUAUUAAAUGGUGCAAAU